CGUUGUGGUCGUCGUGGACACAAUCGACGUACGUGCAAAGAACGUAUAUAGAUCACUCAUGCAUUUUGUUCUUUGGGCAUGUGUAUAUUUUUUUUUGUGCCCAAGUGUAUUUUGUUUUUGCCUAGGUGUAUUUUGCAUUUGGUCAAUUGUACUUUUUUUUUGUCGGAUGAUGUCUUUUGAUCAAUUUGUAAGUUUGAAAAACGUGACCCGAUUGUGCAAGACGAAGAGCAUUAUUACCGUGAACGGGAAGUUCCCGGGACCUCCCAUUGUGGCUACAGAGGGCGACCGUGUCGUGGUCAAAGUGGUCAACAACGUGUCCAACAAUGUCAGCAUCCACUGGCACGACGUUAGGCAGCUGUUGAGCGGUUGGGCAGACGGGCCCGCAUACAUAACCCAGUGCCCGAUUCAAACUGGGCAGUACGUGUACAACUUAACGAUUACAGGGCAGAGAGGAACUCUGUUCUGGCACGCCCAUGCCUCGUGGUUGAGAGCCACUCUUUAUGGACCCAUCAUCAUCCUUCCCGCCAAAAACGCGCCUUACCCCUUCCCAAAACCCCACAAGGAGGUCCCGAUCAUCUUCCGUUAA